AUGGAUAGCCGAUCUUCCGCCCAUGACGGCGGAGACAUCGGCAAACCGACCUAUAGUCAAGGCAAGCAGAGGUCCCGGACGGGCUGUCGUACCUGUCGCUCUAGAAAAGUGAAAUGCGACGAGCGCCCUGGCGGAUGUUUGAACUGUGCUCGGCUCAAUCUGUCCUGUCCUAAUGGACCGGAUCCUGGUCGGCACAGUAGACCGAUUGACGAGUCUGCUCAAACACAGGCAGGCCUGAAGCGCUUGAGGACGUACCGUUCAUGCAAGCCUUGCCGCAAUUCGAAGACGCGGUGCACCGGGGAGCGCCCAACGUGUCUGCGAUGCCAACAGAGGAGGCUUGAAUGCCUGUACGAUGGCAAACAAGCCCCUGCUUGGGUAGAUACGGUCUUACCAGCGACCCGGACGCAACAUGGGUCACCACGAUCAACAGAUCAGGAGCUACAGGCUCCUACUCCGGCUAGUACCCCCGCCGAGAGACACGUGAGACAGCAGUCAGAUCAACCAGCCCAAAUUUCCUCUAGAGAAGAAGUGCACCACGGGGAUCAUAGCCAGGGUUAUUGCCCGAACGAGUUUUCAUGGCUUAUGUCACCUGAGUUACCCGAUAAAGAGAAGAUAGUGAUUCUGGCGGAAGAAUUCUUUGCGAAUAUUCACAAUAUUCGUUCCUUUGGCUUCGUACACAAGCCGUCCUAUAUGCAACAAUUGGAUGAACAGUCACCCGCUGUACAGAGAGAAAGCAGCCUUUUGCACGCGAUAUGUGCCUUGGGUGCCAAAUUCUACGCUCUGAAGUGCGGUGAACAGAACCCACUACCAGAGGAUUUCGCACUCCGAGUGGGCAAUCAGUGGGCAUCGAAGGCCAAGCUGAACCUCUUCAUGAACAUGACCAAUGUGUCGGUCCAGAACACCAUGGCUGUGGUCCUUCUGCAUGAGCAUGAUCUACGAGUUGGUAACUUUGCCAGUGCGUUCUUGCUUACGGGCUUCGGAGUCCGCAUGGCGCAAGCCCUGCAAAUAAACCUGGAAAGGUCAAGUAAUAUUCUCACAGGUGAUGGAAAGCUAUUAUGGUCAUGUCGAGAGGCACGACGGCGUCUCAUGUGGAGCAUCUAUAUUAUGGACGCUUGCGUUGGAACCGGCGUUGAUGAGCUUACGCUAAUUAGAGAGUCCGACAUAAAAAUCCAAUUGCCUUGCAAUGAGCGGAAUUUUAUGUUACAGAUACCCUGCAUCGUCGAGACUCUGCAAAAAGGAGAAUAUUUGCCGUUCGUUUCAGCCAAAGAUCGAUCGGAUGGCCCAGUGGAUACCCCAGAUCUUCAAGCACAGUACAUCAGACUCAUGAGUCUGCGAGGAAAAGUUCUUAGAUAUGUCAAACAUCUCGAUACAGAAUUAGCGCCGUGGCUUCCAGCGUCUGAAUACACAAACUUGGAAAAAAGCCUUUUGGCCUGGUAUGAGGAUUUGCCGAACAGCUUGCAGUUUACACGUACUGCCUUAAAUACGCGCAAAGAAUUAUCACAGCUCGGAGCUCUACUAGUCCUCCACUGGACGUAUCACGCGACACUGUGCGAUCUCUACAGGAUAGAGCGAUUGGGCUUCCAGGAGCGUGUGCAGGAUUGCUGCUUCGAGCAUGCGACGGCAACCGCCAUCAUUUUUGAGGAAGCGCUGAGACACAACUUCGAGGUCUUUGCGGACACGUGGCUGCCCAUUAUAGCACAUGAUGCUACAAGAGUAAUUGUACAUUACGCAACCCGAAAGCUUGGAACAUCCAGGGAUAGACAAGUCAUGACUCGGCCUCAUGCAAUCUCGUGCAUGCAAGCCAACAUUUCAGCCCUCAAGAGAAUGGUCCCCAUCUUCCAGCUCGGGAAACCUUUGUACGCUGCCGCUUCGAAUAUGGUCCGAGAGGGGGGCUUCGAUAUAAAUGAGCUUGCAGAUGAGCAUUUAGCCCGUACCAACAUCACCCAAGAUAAUGAUUCGCCUGUCACCCUCGAACCGCCACCUCAAUUUACUCCAGACUAUAUCCUCAACCCACUAGCGAUAUACCGAAUGGCACGGCGGGAUAUAGACGACCAAGAGAAGUAUGCGCCGGAACGCAUACCACCCACUGCUGCUACACAGAGUACCGACUCUCUCAGCCAGCAACCCGAAACACCGCCCGUUCCAGCAUCCUUUGGACCCAACGUAGAGCCUGCGAAUCCACCCGCGUUCGUCGGCUCUUGGUUUGAGAGCGGAACGGGCAAUACGAUCACGGUCGAGGACAACUUCCAACUCCCCAGCAGUUUCGAUAACCUACAGGCCUAUUUUCCCCUCAUGUUCAACAACUUCAGCCUACCUGUUCAGGGGUCCUUCGGGGAGCUUGGUCCGCGCAGUCAUGUCUCGGACUUUAACGAAGGAAGUGUUCCCAGCUACCAACCUCCGGACGUCACCAUGCCAGAUUUGAUGGUUCGUCCUGCUUCCCAGAACGAAUAUGGGAUGCAAAGCCAUGCGCCACAAUGGACUUCUUGA